AUGGCCUCGACGCUGGAGGCUGAGAACUUGCAUCACGUGGUCAUGGCCGGUGACCACAUCUCAUCGGGAUCUCAUGCAGAGCUCGCCGGCAGCAGCAGCAGCGGCGGCCGGGCGACCAGGAGCAGUCGGGAGCUUGAAGAUCGCGGCACCGCGGCGGCCGUACCACCGCAGCAACACGCCGGUGGAAGCGCCGGCGGGGGGCCCGUCUCGGCAACAAGGCCGGCCGCUGAGAGCGUUGUGGUUGGCGGAGGCGGCCCAAUAACCGCAGUUGUAGCAGACUCCACCGGCGGUGUCAUACAGCAGCAGAAACGACCACAGCGAAGAGCGUCUGCUGGAUCUUCAAGCAGCAGCAGGAAUCCACGAAGGUUGUCUUCAAGCGGCGGCGGCGGCGGUGGCGACAGCAACGACGGCCCUGCCUCCUACGAAGGCUGGAGCGCCGCCGCCGACCUAGCCAACGGCGUUGGGAGCGGUGGCGUGAGUCCGAGCUCUGCGCCGAGGACGAUGGCGCGCGACACCACCGGUAACCCGAGAGAUAGUAGCGGCAUCUCCAGGAGGCGGUCCCGAGGCAAGAGCAGGAGCGGCAGCGGUGGGGACGGCAGCGGCAGCGGCGGCGGCGGCGGAGGUGGCAGUGGAGGGCGCUCCACGUCUCCCACCACAACUCCUGCUACUACUACUCAGAAGAGCAUUACGCGCACUAGCUCCAACCACAGGCUUCGCCUUAGCGUCGAAGGAGAGAGCAGCGGCGGCGGCGGCGGCGGCGGCCUGGACGUUUUAUCGCCGACAGGAGAAGUCGCCGAGUUGGAGGCCGUGGCGGCUGGACACCAGACGGCCGGCGAGCUUGCGGCGCUGGAGAGAGCGGUGGUGGCGGCCUCCAAGAUCACCCCGCCCCCGGCCGACGCCGGCGGCGGCGGCGGCGGCGACUUCACCGCCCGCAUGAUGGGGACCGGGCCAGCCUCCCGGUCGAGGCGGAAUAGCGGCGGCAACAGCAUCGGGGGCAGCUGGGAGCAGCAGGAAGUGGCGGAGGUCGGACAGGCGGGACCCCCCGGCGGCAUCCUACCGGCGCCGCCCAAGACCCCGUCCGCGUCCUCGUCCGCCGGGUCGGGCGUGUCGGUGUCCUCCACCGGCGCGACCCAGGCGGUCGAAGCUCUGUCCCACGGGAGCCCGGCCGCGGCGAUGACCUCGCCCGAGCGGCGGCGGCGCACCGGAGACUUGGCGCCGGCCAUCCACGCCAGCCCGAUCAGCAGGGCGGCAGCGGCCGCUGCCCGCGGGGGGAGCGGCGGCAGCGGCGGCGGCGGCAGCGGGAUCGUUUCGGACCAGCCUCGCUCGUCCCGGGCGAUGCCCGCCGCGGUGAUCUCCACCACGUCGGCGGGGGGCAGCAGUAGGAGGGGUCGGAGGGAGCUACAGCCGCCGCAUUCGAUUAACAUGACGGAGGGGGACGAGGGACCGCCGUCCCGGCCGAGAAAAAACAGCGGAGGCGGCGGGCCGCAGUUCAGAGGGGACGGGGGAGGAGGUAGGCCUAGCGGCGAGCGUAGAGAGCGCGGGAGCCGCGGCGCCGGCGGAGGCCGCCCCCGGCGGAGCGGGCGGGGGGGCAAGAACGGCCUGCCGAGGGGCCGGGCGGCGGGCAGGAACGGCAGGCGCGGGCGGCGGUCGGUGAGCAUGCCGCAGAGCGGCUACCGUGGCCCCGGGGCGUUCGGCCACGCCCCCGUGGUGGAGGGCGAUGCCGAGGAGGAGGAGGAAGAGGAAGAAGAGGAGGAAGAGGGAGACGAGACUGAGGAUGACCAAGACAUGGUGUUCAAGGUGGUGAACAAGGACGCGGAAGAACCAGUCAGUGAUUCACGGAACCCCGCUGAUGAGGAAGAUGUCCCGUUCGACGUGACGCCCCAGACCUACCGCGCGGGAGAGGCGUGGCACCCUGAGCGUCAGAGCGGCGACGACGGCGAAGAGGAGGACCCGCUGUACCUCGGGAUCAUCCCUCCGUCGCAGAAGCAGAUCGUGAUCCCGCAGCACGAGGCGCACCACGAGACCAGGCCCGUCGGGGAGCUACAGCUGUCCCCGGGCUACCAGGCGCUCGCCGCCGCCGCGAACGGGCGUCCGGGAGGCGGCGGCAACGGUUUUGCGUCCCCGACGAGCAGGGGCUUGUCGCCGGAGAGCGGGGCGGUGGCCGAGGCGGAGGCGGUGGAGGCGAUGGAGGCGAUCAAGGGCAUGAAGAUGCUGCAGCACUUCAAGGCCCACGUCGGCGCGGUGUGGUGCGCAGAGUUCAGCAGGAAGGGGCAGUACCUGGCCACGGGCGGAGCGGAUGGGCUGGUAAAGAUCUGGGACAUCGGCGUCGAAGAGGACGGGUCGCGAGCGCUUGACAGCAGCGGCGGAGGCGGAGGCGGAGGCGGCGAUCUAGGUUCGCUGAGCAGCAGGCCGCCCCCGCCGGCGGCGGCGGGUGCGCGGUUCACGGGGCGCCUGGAGAGGUCGGACAGCGACGUGUCGCUUGCUUCGGUGACCUCGGUGGUUUCUAUCGCCUCUGUCGCUCCGUCGGCGGCCGGGAGCACCUUUGACUGUCAAGAUCCCGUGCCCCCUCUCCGGAGGGGAGAGCUGGUGGUCGGAGGGCGAGCGUCCCGCGUCAUGCGCGGCCACAACGGGGACGUGGUGGACCUCUCCUGGUCCCUGAACGCCUUUCUCCUGUCGGCAGGCCGGGACGGCAGCCUCCGGCUGUGGCACCCGGCCCGCCUCGGGUGCGUGCACCUGUUCCCGCAGACGGGGGCGGCGACGCCGACGUCGUGCUCGUUCAACCCGCGGCUGGAGAACUCGUUCGCCACGGGCGGGGAGGAUGGGAAGGUUCGUGUGUGGAAGAUCACCUCCGCGAAGGUGGAGGCGGUGGCCCAGCUGCCCAACCGCGCGACGCACGUCAGGUUCUCGCCGGACGGGAAGGCUCUAGCCGCCGGCAUGGUCGGCGGCCAGGUCCGAUUCAUGACCUCGGAGAGCCUCCAGCCAAUGGCCCAGGUGCUGGUCAACGGAGCCAACGGUCGUCUCAGGAUGUACCGCAUAGAACCGUUGGCCGCGGGAUCCUCCGCCAUCUCUGCGGCCGUGGCUCUCGCGAAGAAGUAUGGCUUCGGGGACCGAGGCAGGGCGGUGGUGACAAGGAUAGCCAAGCUGAAGGGCCACCUUAACCCCGCGCUGCCGAUCCGUGCUUCCGUGAGCGAGGACGGACGCUUCGCGAUGUGCGGCUCGGAGGAUGGCUUGGUGCACGUCUGGGAUUCGGGGCCCCAUGCCCCCUGGGCGGCGGGGGUUCGAUGCCGCCGCCGACGCUGGCGGCGAUCGGCAGCAACGGCAAGAGCAGCGGCGGAGGGGGUCACCUUGGCGCUGUUUGUCCCGAAGGCCGCGGUGGCGCGGUUCGAGCGGGCGAACGGCCUGUCGGCGAAGAUUCCCCACGGCCUUAGCCAGGCCCCCAGCCACCAGCGGCCCGUCCCGAAGUCUGCUCAGCCACGAAGACGGACCAGUAUCCCAUCCAUUGCAGAGGUUGUGCCCGGCGGCGGCGGCGGCGGCGGCAACGGAUCUCUUGGCCGGUAUUCGUUCCAGCCGAAUGCGGAGAGGGAGGACCAGGAGAAGGGCGCCUCGGCGGCGGCAGCGGCCGCGCGGUCGGCGCUUCAGGUGGGGCGCGCGGGAAGGACCGGGGGUUCUUCGAGGGUUAUCCAGCGCCGCGGCAGCGCGAGCGACGCCGCUUUCGAUUCAGCGGCGGCUUCUUCACCCCGUGGUGGUGGUGGCGGCGGCGGCGGCGGCGGCGGCAGCAUGGCUAGUGAUCGGCGACAGCAUUCGAGGGGGUCUCGGGGAGGCGGCGGUGAGGGAAGCGGUGGCAGUGGUGACAUGAGCCUGAGGCGGUCGGUUAGCCACGGCGCCGGCACGGCGGAGCACGACGGCGCCGCAGCCGCAGCCGCAGCCGCCGCCGCGGGGAGGGAGAGGGGCGGCUCCGGCGACCGGGCGCAGCAGCAGCGACCGCCCCCGCCGUACCAGGACCGGACGCUGGCGGGCCUGCCGUCUUCAUCGUCGUCUCCGCGGCAGGUGGAGCACGAGCAGCAGCGACAGCACCGGUCGAAGCGGCACAGCGACAGGGUCUCUGGGGCAGAAGUGACGGGGUCGGCGGCCGCUGUAGCGGGAGACCUGGGCACCGGCGCCUCGCCGCCGCCCUACGACCCCAACGCCCGGUGGGGCUGGGAGAAGGAGGACGAAAGCGGGUCGAGGCGCCUGGCGGCCCGCGCGCGCGGCGGGAAAGGGCGGAGCAACGGCGGCGGCGGCGGCGGCGGCAGCGGCGAAGGAGAAGGAGCUUCCGCGGGCCGCGUCGUUACCGUGGACGUGUACCGGCAGCCCCCGUCCGAGGACACGGCGCCCUCAACGAGGGGGAGGGAUAAGGAAGGCCGGCGUUUGGACGGCGGAGGCAGCAGUCGGCGUACCCACCACGCCCCCGCGGGCGGAGCCAAGUGGAGCGAGCGGACCUCCUCCGGCCCCCUGGUAGAGAUCAUGAUGUCUUCGCCCUCGGUGUCCCCGACGUCUUCCAGAUCUCCGGGGAAGAGGGCCUCGACGCCUUCGGCGGCGGCGGCA